UCAAAAAUUCCAAUCAAACGGAAUAAUUUCAAACAUAAAAUUCAGUUAAAAAAAAAUUUUGUGUUUGUUUUUAACCUAAAACUAGAAGAAGAAGAAGAAGAAGACACUGACACUGACAAAGAAGACAAUCAGUUAUUUACAGUUAUAAUACACAACAACAACAACUACGACAACAACAGCUACUACUUCUCAAUCAAUUUCAACCACUAGUUGAACGGCCACUCUUGUGAAGAGAAAGAGAGAGAGAGAGAGACAUUACAGACACUUCAACCAUCAAAAACCACUCCACACUAAUCACUACUACUAACUACUCAAACACCAGACAAACAAAUGGGUUGUUGCGGAUCAAAGCCAGAAGAAGAACAGCCGCCACCAGAGGAACAGCCGGCCGCUGAAGAGAAACCGCCGUCGCAGACACAGGAGUCGGCGUCGUCUGCCGGCAGCAAAGUAGGCGACGAAGGCGACAGCAAAGUAUUGGGCGCACCGAGCGGUUCGGCGGUCGGCUCGAAGACUGGCUCGAAGACAGGCUCGAGUACUGGCGGCGGCGGCGGCAGCGGUUCGGGUACCGGCUCGAAGACGGGCAGCAAAGUCGGUUCGAGUUCGGGUAUGGGAUCGUCGGCUAUGGGAUCGUCGAUAUCAGGUACCGGAUCGUCGCUGUCGUCCAGCGGCGGCAGCAGUGCUGUCGGUUCGUCCUUAAGCUCUUCAGGCGGAUCGUCCACAUCGAAGGCCGGCUCGAAGGCCGGCUCAGCGUUGGGUUCGUCGACCGGUUCGACACUGAUAUCGUCGCGAACCGGAUCCAAUAUCAAGGGCGCCGGCGGUGCCUCUAAUAGCGGUGCAGACGCGGCCAGCGGCUCAAAGACCGGAUCGCAAACCGGAUCGAAAACCGGGUCAAAAACCGGCUCACAGUUGGGUCCAUCGGGUUCGCAAACAGCCGCUGCCUCCGCCACAGCCGCCAGCGGUUCAAAGACUGGCUCGAAGACCGGAUCCAAGACCGGCAGCUCUACUGGAGCUACAGCUAGUGGUUCAAAGACUGGCGACAAACCGUCGUCAAAGACAGCGUCGACGACCGACGGGUCAAAGCCGCCGUCAAAGGCCGGCUCGAAGACUGAUUCGGCCGAGAAGACCGGCUCGAAGACUGAUUCGGCAGAGAAGACCGGCUCGAAGACCGGCAGCGGUUCCAAAACAGGCGCUUAAAUUGUCAAAGAAGAAGAAGAAGAUGACAAACAAGAAGUAGUAGAAGAAGAAGGGAACCACUGAUUGAACAGAAUAUUUGUUUUUUUCUCUUUUUUUGAUUAAUUAGUUGUUGUUAUCUUCUCUUCAUUUUCAUCUGUUUUCUUCAAAAUACAAAUAUUUUAUUAUUAUUAUUAUUAAAACAAAAC